CUGGAGAUCGACCCCCUACUCCACCGCAAGCCUGUAGAGCUCAGCGGCGGGCAGAAGCAGCGCACCGCCAUCGGUCGCGCCAUCGUGCGCGAACCCAAGGUGUUCCUCUUCGACGAGCCGAUCGCCCACCUCGACGCCAAGCUGCGCUCCCACAUGCGAGGCGAGCUCAAGCACCUGCAACGCGACCUGGAGACCACCACCGUCUACGUCACCCACGACCAGCUCGAGGGCAUGUCGAUGGCGGAUCGCAUCGCGGUGAUGCACGAAGGCGUGCUGCAGCAGCUCGGCACGCCCGAGGAGAUUUACAAUCAGCCGACCAACGAGUUCGUGGCGGGCUUCGUGGGCGAGCCGCCGAUGAACUUCCUCGACUGCUCCCUGGAGCGGACGAACGUCGGCCUCACCGUCGUGCACUCGGGCUUCCGGCUCGCGCUCUCCGAGCACCAGGCCAGCCUGCUCACGGCCGGUGGAGCGGAGGCGGAUGUGCGCAUCGGCAUCCGCCCCGACAAUCUGGCGAUCGAGCCCGGCGCCGACGGCGCGCUGGGACGUGCCGGGCGAGAUCUUCGUGGUCGAGCCGCUCGGCGGCGACAUGAUCGUCGAUGUCACCAUCGGCGGCCACCGGGUGAUGGUGAAGACCAAGAUCGGGCCCAUGGGCGGGCCCGGCGAUCCCUGCCGCAUCGGCUUCGAUGUGGACAAGUUGCACGUCUUCGACAUAAACACCGGCGUCGCCUACUUGUAGGACCGAGCGCCACCACGCAGGCAGAGAGGAGCACUCGUAUGCAGCUCAGCAAAGACGACUUGUUGACGGCCUAUCGAACCAUGCGGAGGAUUCGGGAGUUCGAGGAACGCCUCCACAUCGAAUUCGCGACGGGCGAUAUCCCGGGUUUCGUGCAUCUCUACGCCGGUGAGGAGGCGAGCGGCGUCGGCGUCUGCAUGCACCUCGACGACCGCGACCGCAUCGCCAGCACCCACCGCGGCCACGGCCACUGCAUCGCCAAGGGUUGCGACAUGGACGGCAUGAUGGCGGAGAUAUACGGCCGCAGGGACGGCCUCUGUGGCGGCAAGGGCGGCUCCAUGCACAUCGCCGACCUGGACAAGGGCAUGAUGGGCGCGAACGGCAUCGUGGGCGGCGGCCCGCCGCUGAUCUGCGGUGCGGGCCUCGCCGCGAAGCAGCUCCGCACCGGCGGCGUCGCCAUCGCCUUCGUCGGCGACGGCGGCUUCAAUCAGGGCACCACCUUCGAGAGCCUCAAUCUCGCCUCGGUCUGGAACCUGCCCUGCGUCUUCGUGGUCGAGAACAACGGCUAUGCGGAAUCCACCGGGUCGAAGUGGUCGAUCGCCUGCGACGACGCCGCCGACCGGGCCAGUGGCUUCAACAUGCCGGGUGUCGUGGUCGACGGGCACGACUUCUUUGCGGUCCACGAAGUCGCCGGCGAAGCCAUCAAGCGGGCCCGCGAGGGCGGCGGUCCGAGCCUGCUGGAAUGCAAGCUCAACCGCUACUACGGACACUUCGAGGGCGAUGCGCAGACCUAUCGCGCCCCGGACGAGGUGAAGAAGCUGCGCGAGACGCGGGACUGCCUGGCGAUGUUCCGCGAGAAGGUGACCGGGGCCGGCCUGCUCGAUGACGCGGCGCUCGACGCGAUCGACAGCGAGUCCGAGGCCCAGGUCGACGGCGCGGUCGCCAAGGCCAAGGUGGCGCCGCCGCCGAACGCCGCCGAUCUUCUUACCGACGUCUACGUUUCCUACUGA